ACCUGCAGCUCUCCUCCUCACAGCAGCACCUUCACGCUCCUGAAGAGACUCACUGAAGCAGCCAACCUGAGCGCACACCUACGAAGAAACGCAGACAUGGCCUCUCGAGUUGCAGUUCUGUUCCUGCUGGGUGUCAUCUGCUUUGGGUUUGUAGCAGCUGAGAUUGUGGUGGACUGCUGUCUGACGACCACUAAAAGGCGUUUGCCAAUUCAAAUCCUUGACAGCUACAUCAUUCAGGAUGCUGGGAAGGGUUGCGACAUCGGUGCUACUGCGUUCAUUACAAAGGUUGGAAAAACACUGUGCGUCUCCCACCACAGCGAGCUGCCAUGGGUGAAAAGUUACAUUGAUUUUCUGGAAAAGAAAAAACAGGGACAUCAAUAAAUCAGAUGUAGAGAGAAGCAGCUCUGGGAAAAGAUGACUGAAGAUCAAGAAUGGCCAACUCUGAACUGAGAGCUGAAGACAGAAGCUAGAAUCACUUCCACUUCUGUUCAGAGUGUCAGAAUGGCCAUGUUGUACUGUAGAGGAUCAGAUCUUUAAGAUCAGUGAGGAAUCGUCACUUCAUCUUAUGUAUGGCGAUGUAUUGUAUGAGCAUUCAUGCCUGUGAAUAAGGAAGUGGCUAAAUGUACAGUUCUGCAUAUGUUUCUUCUCAGUUGUGGUGACUGUGGUGCAAAACUCUCCUCUUUUUCUCUUUGCUUUUUAUUAUCCCUGUGAGUGAAAUGUACAAAGACAUGACAAUCAAGUUUGCCUUGGUUCACCCAAAAGUUAAAGUCUUUAACUAACAGUGAGAGUGAAACCCUGUUGUUUCUUUUUGUUUUUAGCAUAAGACUCUAAAGGUGCAUGUGGAACAUUUCAUGAAAUGAUGGUCAACAAACUGUGUUCACGUUUCAUUUGAUCAUGUUCUAAAAUUUCAAUGCUGUUUCAGUCAAAAUUUGUACAAAAUGUUGAAAUGAUUUGUGUGUGUAUUGUUGAGAGUUAUUCUAAAAUAAAGCUUGAUAAUGUUUUGGAA